GGGCAGCACCGGGAGGGGCGGGGCUCCCGGCGCGGGCGCAGUGCGCAGAGCGGCGGCACCGGGACGGCACCGGGGGGACGCCGCGGGGCACUAUGGCCGUAGGCACGGGCACGUCGCUGGCGCUGUCGUCGCUGCUGUCGCUGCUGCUGUUCGCCGGGAUGCAGAUGUACAGCCGGCAGCUCGCGUCCACCGAGUGGCUGACGAUCCAGGGAGGGCUGCUGGGCUCCGCGCUCUUCGUCUGCUCCCUCACCGCCUUCAACAACCUCGAGAACCUCGUCUUCGGAAAGGGCUUCCAGGCCAAGAUCUUCCCGGAGAUCCUCACCUGCCUCUUGCUGGCUCUCUUUGCCUCCGGCCUCAUUCACCGUGUCUGUGUCACCACUUGCCUCAUCUUCUCCAUGGUCGGCCUCUACUACAUCAACAAGAUCUCAUCCACUCUCUACCAGUCCGCAGCUCCCAUUGCUGCUCCCACCAAGGCCGUCGGCAAAGGCAGGAAGAGGAAUUGAUGUCCCGCAGCCCCUUCCCCGGGGCAGCCUCCUCCCCGUGGCCCCAAUAAAGCCAUUUCUUUGUA